AUGGGAAUUAACCAUUUCAUCUUUGCACUUAUCUCCCUCACUUGUCUCUUCUCCUUCUCAGCCUCUACCAAUGCACCUCUACCCUUUUCCAAUGCUUCUAGCCCUGCUUCUUCAGAACUUCAUGGUAUGAUUGAGGACAUGUCUGAACCGCCAUCUCCAUUUGCAUUUGAUGGUACAACGUUGGAAAGUAUUGAUGAUGUAUUAAGCAUAUUACCUGGUAGCGUCGACCCUGCCCUUCAGAAAAUUUGUGGGAACACCGAUCAUCCCGUUGAAUGUAUAAUAGCAACUAUACCGUUCCUAGAUGAGAAAACUCCUAUUGAGCCUCUUUCUGUCCUUAAAGUUGGGAUUGAAACAAUGGAUAACUAG